AUGUCUCCUCCUGCAGCUUCUCAGCUUCUCCAUUCCUCUCUUCAUCAGGGAAAUACGGACAGUAAUCCACGCGAGUUAUUGCUUGCCCAUUCUCAAGCUUCAUCCUCUUCUCCAACUGUUGUCGGCACGGAUUCCCAUAUUGUAGAAUGCAAAGACAGGCAAAAAGACUACCAAGAGGACGACGAUUCCCUUUCGAGGCGGCCGUUAUGGCGCGUAGUUCCCAUCCCUUCAAACCUAAUCAACCCAUACCGAAUAGUCAUUGUGCUGCGUCUCAUUAUCCUAGUUUUCUUCUUCCGCUUCCGGUUUUUGAAUCCAGUGCACGAUGCAUACCCCUUAUGGCUAAUUUCUGUAAUCUGCGAGGUCUGGUUUGCUCUGUCUUGGAUUCUUGACCAAUUUCCCAAAUGGUUUCCCAUCACGCGCGAAACAUACCUAGACCGCUUAUGCAUCAAGUUUGAGCGUAAAGAGCCAAACCGUCUAGCCCCAAUUGAUGUGUUUGUAACUACUGUAGACCCUUCAAAGGAAGCACCCAUUGUAACUGCAAACACCGUUCUCUCAAUCUUGUCUGUUGAUUACCCUGUUGAGAAGGUCACCUGCUAUGUCUCCGAUGACGCUGCGUCUCUUGCUUUUAAUACCCUAUCUGAAACAGUUGAAUUCGCAAGAACAUGGGUUCCCUUCUGCAAGAAGUAUGGCAUUGAGCCACGGGCACCUGAGUUCUAUUUCUCUCAGAAAGUUGAUUACUUUAAAGAUAAGGUGCACCCCGCAUUUGUGAAGGAACGCAGGGCCAUUAAGAGGGAGUAUGAAGAAUUCAAAGUGAAAAUUAAUGCAUUGGUGGCAAAAGCUCAGAAAAAACCAGAGGAGGGGUGGGUGAUGCAGAAUGGUGUGCCAUGGCCGGGGAACAAUACUCACGAUCAUCCGGGAAUUUGUCAGGUCUCUCUGGGAGGUGCUAGUACACUGGAUGUUGAAGGUAAGGAAUUGCCACGGCUAGUGUAUGUUUCACGUGAAAAUCGUCCUGGCUAUCAACAUCACAAAAAAGCUGGUGCCUUGAAUGCUUUGGUUCGAGCUUCUGCUGUGCUUACAAAUGCGCCUUUCUUAUUGAAUCUGGAUUGUGACCAAUACAUCAACAAUAGCAAGGUUAUAAGGGAGGCUAUGUGCUUUCUAAUGGAGCCCCAAGGAAGGGACCUAUGUUUUGUCCAAUUUCCGUUACGUUUCGAUGGCUUGGAUGACCGUGAUAGAUAUGCUAAUCACAACACUGUUUUCUUUAAUAUCAACAUGAAAAGCCUUGAUGGCAUUCAAGGUCCGGAAUAUGUUGGUGCUGGAUGUGUAUUUAAUAGGUGGGCUUUAUAUGGCUAUGAUCCACAAAUAUCUAAGAGAAGCUCAAAGAUGAAUUGCGACUGGUGGCCUUUGUGGUGUCGUUGUUGUGGUGGUGGGCCUGAUUCAGUGUUUGAUCUUGAAGAGAUUGAUGAAAAUCUUGAAGGCUGUGAUGAACUAGAAAUAUUUGAUCUUGAGGUUAUGGAAGAAUCGCUUGAAAGUUCUGACUUGGAAGAAAUAAUGGAAAUACUUGAUCUUGACGAGAGUGAAGAAGAGCUUGAAGGUUAUGAUGAGGCAGGGGAACUAUCCCUCAUAUCACCAGAAAAUUUUAUGAAGCGAUUUGGGCAGUCACCAAUUUUUAUUGCUUCCACUUUGGGUAGGGCUGGUGGAGUUCUAAAAAGUGUUAAUGCUAUGAAAGAGGCCAUUCAUGUUAUAUGUUGUGAUUAUGAAGAGAAAACAGAAUGGGGCAAAGAGAUUGGUUGGAUUUAUGGCUCAGUCACAGAAGGUAUCUUGACUGGUUUUAAGAUGCAUUGUAGAGGAUGGAAAUCAGCGUACUGCAUACCAAAAAGAGCAGCUUUCAAGGGAUUUGCUCCAGUAAAUCUAUCAGAUCAGUUAUGCCAAGUUUUGAGAUGGGCUUUUGGUUCUGUUGAGAUAUUCUUUAGUUACCAUUGCCCUAUGUGGUAUGGCUACAAAGGAAAGUUGAGGUGGCUUCAGAGGCUAGCUUAUACUAAUACUAUUGUUCACCCAAUCACCUCCAUUCCUUUGCUAAUAUACUGUACAAUUCCAGCUGUCUGUCUUCUGACAGGGAAGUUCUUCAUCCCAGCCCUGACAAAUCUUGAUAGCAUUUGUUUGAUGGCGCUUUUUAUCUCCAUCAUCUUAACUUGUGUGCUAGAGCUUCGAUGGAGUGGAGUUAGCAUUCAGGAUUGGUGGCACAAUGAGCAACUCUGGAUCAUUGGAGGUGUUUCUUCACAUUUGUUUGCUGUAUUUCUAGGUCUGCUUAAAGUUGUUACUGGAGUAGAUGCUGAUUGUUUUGCACGGGCAAAAGCAAAAGGUGAUACUCGCUUCUACCUCUUCAAAUGGACUAAUCUUCUCAUCCCACCAACCACUCUUAUAAUCUUGAACGUUGUGGGAAUUGUGGCCGGAAUCUCAGAUGCCGUCAACAAUGGCUAUGGCUCAUGGGGACCCUUAUUUGGUAAACUAUUUUUAGCCUUCUGGGUUAUUGCGCACCUACAUCCUUUCCUCAAAGGUCUCAUGGGCAAGAAUAGGACUCCUACCAUCGUUGUCCUCUGGUCACUACUUGUAGCAUUAGUUUUGUCAAUGCUUUGGGUUCGGAUUGAUCCAUUUUUGCCCAAGAAAACGGGUCCAGUACUCGAACAAUGUGGGGUAGAAUGUUAAAGUUGCAAAGACUAGUGGAUGUAGUUUUGUUCCA